AUGCCUAAAUAUGUUCGCGAUGCGUACCGUUACAAAUAUCCACUUCCAAUUCACCCAUUGGACCACCUACCACCGCUAAUUCCACACAAUCCAAUUUCAUGGGCGUACUGGUUGUUUUGCUACCUUUCGGGUAGUAAUGAACCUCAGGUCAGGGUACACGCCGAGAUGGAUGACCUGAAGCGUGUAACGGUUUGUAGAGAACAGGAUAUGCGCUUGCUGUGGGACAAUGGGUUUUUUGGCACUGGAAGGAUGUCCAGAAGCGAGGCUACUUGGAGGCAGCGAACUGCGAAACGAUUGGGUUUAGAAUCUUCCGAGAGAGGCCUUGAAAGCGUGACGGAGAAGCGACGCCAGCGAAGGCUUCAAUUUAAGCGCGAACGAAGCAAAUUUGAGGCUGCAAAGCUAGAAUUGCGUCAGAAAGGUGAUUUGGCCUGUGAGAUUUUGGAUCAGGAGCGCCUUUUCCUUAGAUCUCUCAGAGACAAAGAACUGGCUUACGAUAAAGACGACGAUGAUGUGGUUUUCCGUGAGAUCGAUCAUGAACUUUUAGACGACGCUGGCGAGGUUAUGCCAAUAGAAGUACUGGAGCUAAUGCCCGUAGAAGCCAUUUUUCUCUCGUUUGCACUCCCAGUUCUUGAUUUGCAGGUCCCAACUUUAAUGAGCACGCUGGUGAGCUCGAAUGCAACUUUUGCCGAUAUUGAAAGCUUAGCAACCAAAUACGUGGCAUAUCAUCAUUACAGGUCAAGAGGCUGGUGUGUACGAUCUGGUGUAAAAUUUGGCUGUGAUUUUCUUCUUUAUAGGCGCGGUCCCCCUUUUCAACACGCAGAAUUCGCUGUCAUGGUACUAAACGCUGAUGAAACAUUGGACUACACGCAAUAUUCGAGCACUGCAAGAGUCGUGGGGGGUGCAAGGAAAAGCUUUGUUGUCUGCUACGUUGAACGCCAAGUUUCCGAAAGACAAAUCUUGCAAUUCUGGCAAAAUCACAAUUACGCGAGCGCGUUCUCAUCCUUUAAAAUCGGCGAAGUAACCUACCGACGGUGGGUCCCUGGAAAGAACAGGGAUUGA